UGUUGUAGCUUCAUUCGUGUCAUCUUGUAGCUUUGCUCCGCUGCUGGCUGUUCUGUUGGCUCGGCAGGUUACUUUGUGGCUUGUGCCCUUGUGUUGGGCACAAUCUGAAGUUGUCGUUGUGUGUGCAGCACUAGUGCAACCGGUGCGGUGGUAGUUCUCCGACGAGGCAGAUGUGAAGAAUCGCCAAGAAAUACAAAAUACAAACAAACAGAAGCAAAACAAGCGAAGCGGUCUAAAACGCAGUGUGAGUCAUCCGGUGGCUUAAAGUGUUGAGAAUAUACUUCGGAUUUCGGUUGUGCAUGGGCGUAAAUUCUUAGUGGUGAUAUACGGAGUGAAAGGCCAGUUCUUGGAAGGUGCGACACCCAACAGCCGAACAUUUUCCUCAACGUUUUUGAGUUGCAAAUUGACCAGCACAACUACUGCCCCUAACCUGAACUGCAAAUCGCAGAUGCAUAUAUCUUCGGCCCUUCUCAACAAUGGACGUCUCGCAGUCUUCCGCAUCCUCGUCGCCGUCUCGACGCAGCAGCAUACCGAUUCCGAAACGUAAGAGUUCCCUUCACCUCUACAUAGCGAACAGCAUCGGCCAGGGUCAGUCUGGGCCCGGUUCCCGGUCACCGUCGCUGUCGUCCGCUUCAUCGACCCACGAGGAGCAACACCAGAGCAACUAUCAAUUGGGCCGUCUGAUGAUGGAGUGUGAAGGUUUUUCCCCUAGUAACUCAGCCUCGUCCUCCAGGUCCGCCACGGCUAUGAGUAUGCACAGUUCGCUGCAUGUGCCCCGCAGCGCAACAGGCCACAGCGGAACUCAUUCGGCUGCGGAGAUCGGCUCCAGUGAUUAUUUGCAGUUACGCGAGAAUCACAACCGGCUGAUCAACAAGUGCGAAGAAAUCACGAAACACAAUCAAAAUCUUGAAAGUACAAACCAGCUGCUGAACAAGAGCAUCGGGGUUCUGCAAAGCGACGUGACGGCACUGAGAAAGGAACGAACCGAGUUUAUCGACAAAAAUCGCAAAUUAAAGAAAAAACUUGCCGAAAUUGUUCCUAAUGCAUGCGGUGGCAGUAGUAGUAGCGAUGAAGACGAAGCAUCCGAGAAGCUUACCAAAGCACCGAACCAACGAGAGGAUGAAACCUCGGGCCCCUCGAGGCACACCGAAGUGGACAAUCUACUGAACGAAAUGGAAAAGCUCAAGUCCUACCUGAACAAUGUGGAACUGCAGCUGUACGAAGCGAACGAGAAAAUUUCCGAACUGCAAGAGAGUAAGCAACAGGCAGAGGAAACCAACGAAAAGUUGCGUACGGAGAAUGCCGAACUCAGCAAAAUCGCGCGACUCAUGUCAGUUAACAUGCUGGAGUCGAUCGAUACAAGCAAAAGGUUGGAAAAUUCGUACAUCCAAGUGCGACGGGAGCGCGAUCAGCUGGCCCGUCAAAAUCGCGACUCAGUGGACUCGAAAACCGGACCGAAUGAGGAGAUCCAGAAGAUGCGUUCCGAAAUGGAGCUCAAACGAAAAACGUUCGAAGCCCAGUUCAUAGAAUAUAAAUCACUAAUGGAGCAGGAGCUUUCACGCAACACCAAUGAGCAAAUUGUAACGCUGCAGCUGGAGGUGGACCGGUUAAAGCAAGAUCUGGCCGAAACGCUGACCCGUGCCGAACGGGCCGAACAGGAAGCCCGCGAGUUGCGAAGUUUGCUCCGGGCGAGCCAACUGCAGGAUCGCCAAUUUUACUCCCAGCUAGACUUGGAUAAACUAAUCCUCCGCGAUGGUGACGGUGACAACGAUUCGUUGCUAUCCGGUGCGAGCGGGCUGACGGGUUCUGUCCAGGUGGGUCCACCACCACCAGCACCGCCACCCCCGCCACCGGUUCCACCACCACCACCGCCUCCUCAGCCACCUGCGUUGUUACCCGUUGCUGGACCUGGUGGUGGCGCUACAGGGCUAAGCGAAGCAAUUUCGAUGCAAAAAUUAAAUCAUGUGGGACUAAAGCAUGCACAAAGCAGACAGCAACAAGCAACAGGUUUAGAUUCCGUGAUUGCCGACAUCAAGAGCGGCCGAGUGACGCUCCGACGUCGCAACAAACCGAAUGUGCUGAACGAGCUGCAGAGUGCCAACGUCGUCGGCGGUGAUUCCAGUUCCAACUGUGGCGGCUCCAACACCGGUAAAGUUAGCAGCAGCACCGGAAGCACCAGCAGCGGCGACCGUCGCAGCCAGCAGAGCUACAGCCAGAUGGCUGCCAAGAAUCCCGCUCUGCGGGAAAUGUACGAAAUACUCGAGCGCAUGAAACGACGAAAUCGAAAGUCGAAGGUCAUUUUCGAGUCCGACCUGGUGCCGGCACCUGUUGCGCACGGCAAAUCCAGCGAGGAAGAGGAUGAGCGGGGUGGUACUGUCGCUGCUGUUGCUGCUGCUCCGGUGGGUGAUGUUACGGAUGGGGGACGACGUCGGCGCGGAACUGUGAUUACCGGUGUGGUGGACGUUUAAACAUUUUAACGGUCAUUUAUUCUCGAACUUUUAAACUACUUAAAACGUGAUUCCAACCUAAUGUAAUGCAUUUUUACUGUUCACUAGUAUUUCACUUACUCGAACUAAGGUCUUAAUAGUUUACGUAUAGUUGAACUUUGUUUUUAUUAGCAUUAAUUUUGUUAGUUCAAUAAAGAGAACUU